ACUAUGACUCGGUGAAAUGGGUGUCGACAGACGAGGAAUGCUACUUCAUGGACAAGGCCAUUACACUGCCUUCCAGAGACUCUUCAAAUACAUCACCGGAUCCAACAAGGCUGGCGUCAACAUUGACAUGACAACUCCGGUGACUGUCAAAAUCGAGGAGAAGAAGAGGUUGUGGCAGUCGUCUGUCUUCACCCUCAACUUCCUCCUGCCGUCUGAGUAUCAGAUGACUCCUCCCCAACCCACUGAUGACAGUGUGUAUUUUACAGAGACGCCAGACAUGAAAGUGUACGUGAGGAGCUACGGUGGAUGGAUGAUGUCUUUGACAUCCAGUGUAAACUCUAUGCUGCUGAAAAGGCAGCUAGACAAMGUCCAGGCCACCUACAACAAAGACUACCACUAUGCUGUGGGAUAUGACAGCCCAAUGAAGAUUCUGAAUAGGCACAACGAGGUGUGGUACAUGGUUGAGGGAGAGCCUGUGUGCSCUACCUCCUCCUAAACAUCCUCCUCCAUUACUGUUGAGUCUGGCAUUACCACUUUGAGGAGGACCAAUGGGAGGUGCAUGGUAGACUGAGAACAUCUGAGAUAAUGUGGUUCGGGGGCAACAAAGAUAUUAACUAAGAUAUGUGUCUCUGAUCUGGURGCACUAUAAUCGAAAUCAAUAUGCCACCUAUUACUGUAUGUGUAUACAUGUGUCUUAGAAUUUGCUCAUUCUUAUUCAGGGUUCAGUUUGUUAGGGAGGUGCCUUGCCCACCCCCCAGCCCCAUUGUUCUAACAAUGUGGGGUGAAUGUAGAUGUAGACAGGGAUACAUUUGUACUAAAGUCUGUUUAUGAAAAGUAACUUCCCUUUUGACAAAAUACCACAUUCAAUGUUGAACAUGAUUUGGAUCUUUGUCUGUGUUGAGUUUGUUCCCUUAAAUAUAUGCCAAACAAAUCCUCUCCAGCUCUUUGGUAAAACUUGAGUGGUGGUGAAUACAGUAUGAUUAUAAUGAA